UUAUAGCACCAGCGCCAAAUGCCUUUCUCCAGCGCCCAACUCAACAACAGACAAAUACACGCAGUGUAUUAUCCUCAACUUUACACACACGCAAAAAUUCAUGAGCUCAGAGCGGUCAUCAGGUGAAGUCCUCUGUCUCUUAUAGCUGUAUAUAUGUUCUACACACAUCUUUAACAUUUGCAACUUCUGCUGCAGUAAUUCUCUGUUGUUUCUUCAUGGUCUAAGAUUGCUUGACUAUAUAGCUGUUGUUUUGGCCAAGUAUGGCUCUACUUUUAAAGGGUUCAGUUGCUGUUACAUUGAAAUGUAAUGGGUGUUACAGCUACGAAGAUGAGUUAUCUGCUUCAAAAAUUCUUAACUUAAGAAACCCAUGUUUGUUUUUCAAUUGUUCGUCGUAUUUUGGCUCAGAAAUAAAAGCAAACACAAAGCGUGCAAAGCUUAGUGGCAACAACUGUGUUUUGCUUGAUGGCUUGCAUUCUUUAACUGGGCUUCGGCAUUCGAAAAUGGCCACAACCAAUAACUUAGUUAGGGUUUCAAGUACAAAUCGAAAUGUUUCUAGCUUCAAGAAUGUGCUUGUCGAAAAUGAAAAAGAUAAUUUUGAUGCUGAGUCUAUGAACCAAGAAUCGCCUCCUUGGGGAAAUGUUGAAAUAAAAGGGAUUUCUGAAUUGAUGUGUGAUGGCGGUAGUGUGGCACUAAUAAAACCUCGAGGUGAAGUGGUUAAGAUGACCAACACGUUGUGUUUCUUAGAGGAAACAGAUGAAGAGGUCUUGUCUAAUAGGAUAUUGAAGCUUAGCAGGUCAAAUAAGGUUGUGAGUGCUUUGAGUUUGUAUAGGUCCAUGGAAUUUUCUGGACUUCGCGCCAACUUGCAUGCAUGCAAUUCUCUUCUCUCUUGCCUUGUGAGGAAUCAAGUGCUUGACGAGGCACUGAAAAUCUUUGAGAUACUGAAGGAAAGUGAGAUGACUACAGGCCAUACAUAUAGCUUGAUACUAAAAGCAAUUGCAAAUGCUUGGGGUUGUAAUGCUGCACUGAAUAUGUAUGAAGAUUUGUCAGGGAAUAGUUAUAUUAAGAAAAAAUUUGAUGCAAUUGCGUAUAACACAAUGUUGUCAAUUUGUGGAAAAGUGAAUGACUGGGUUCAGGCUGAAAGAAUUUGGAGAAAUUUGAAUGAUAAUGGUCGUACUGGAACCGCUCUGACUUACCGCUUGUUGGUUUGCAUAUUUGUUCGUUGCAGUCAGAAUGAAUUAGCGCUUGAUGCUUAUCGUGAGAUGAUUCAGAAUAGCUUGGAACCAACUGAUGACAUGAUGCAAGCUAUUAUAGGAGCAUGCUCAAAAGAGGGGGAAUGGGAUAUGGGUCUAAGUGUCUUCCACCGUAUGUUGAACCAAGGGAUGAAGCCAAAUGCAGUUGCUUGUAAUGCUUUGAUUAAUUCGCUUGGGAAAGCCAACAAGGCCAACUUAGCUCUAAAGGUUUAUGGUAUUAUGAAAUCCUUGGGACAUAUACCUGAUGCGUACACAUGGAAUGCAAUACUUGGUGCUUUAUACAAGGCAGAGGAACAUGCCGAUGUUCUUCGUCUCUUUCAAAAUCUUCAAGCUGCAAAGAAAUCUAAAAUAAGUUUACACAUGUACAAUACUGCUUUGAUGUCUUGCAAGAGACUCGGAGCAUGGGAUAGAGCUUUGCAGCUACUGUGGCAUAUGGAAUCCUCUGGCUUACCCAUCUCAACUGUAUCAUAUAACCUUGUUAUCGGGACUUGUGAGGUUGCAAGAAGGCCAAAGAUUGCAUUACAAGUAUACGAGCGCAUGCUUCAUCAACAUCACACCCCAGAUCUGUUUACUCUAUUAUCACUGAUAAGGAGUUGUAUAUGGGGUUCUCUUUGGCAUGAAAUGGAGCAAGUGCUUAAACAGGUUCCGCAGAAUGCAUCUCUUUACAAUGUUUCUAUACAGGGGAUGUUCUUAAGGGGCAAGAUUGACUCAGCCAAAAAGUUAUAUAAAGAAAUGCAAGAAAAUGGUUGUGAACCUGAUGGAAAAACUCGGGCAUUGAUGCUUCAAUACAUGCGAAAACACUCUGUUAGGCGGGCAAGAAGGAGGAGGUUAACCCAAUGGAAAGUGUGAAAGGGACCUUGAAGUAGCUAAUAUAGUGAUCUUACACACACCGAAGUAAUAUGCAUAUAGUAACCAGCACUUACGACUAGUUAUUGCUACCAAGUGAUAUGUCAGUGUGUAGUUGGAUUUUCUUUGGAAGGCAGUACGAUGUUGCAAGAAGAGAAUAUCAGCAUUAUGGUGAAAAAAAUUCCUUUGCAGCAACAUACAUGGCGGUCUUAAACUGAAUGUAAUAUAUAACCAAGACCGAUAUAUAUAUAUAUACUAGUUCAGAAGCCGCGCGUUGCGGCGGCCUAUAAAAAUUAUAUUAAUGAUUUAAUAUUAAUAUUUUUAUAAUAAAACAA